GUUUUCCAAUUACUUUAAGUACACAAUCAAUACUCCGCACUUUAUAUGACGAAAAGAGCGGAACAGGAUUUAUUGAUUGAAGAUAGCUCUCUUGGUCUCAAAGAAAUCCAGCUUUGCGUCGACGGUCACAUCUCCAAGAAAAGAUUCCUUCCACCCAUGAAUAUCUGCUGAGCUUCUUAAUAUUUUUUCUUGGAAUUAUUUGCGCCAGGCCGGCUUUCAGCAGUACCAUCCAUUCGGCAUUGCCUGCACUUAUACUCCUUUCGAUUUUGAACUGGGUUUAAGACAUACGUAAUAUUGAAGACUAGGGUUAGCGAUCCGGGCAAACGUCCUUAUCUUUCCUACAAUUAACACCUUUGGUCCAGAUCACAAUCCAAAAGCCCAAUAUCGGUCGCAUUUUCCCCUGCGUCGUGAUGUGUCUUCCACCUGAGCUGAGAGUUUUGUGUUUCAAACUCUCCUCUACUGCGCCAUCAGAUCUUGCACGCCUUACUCCAACUCUCCUCCGCCAUGUUUCUUUCUGCCAAGUUCCUCUUUCCAGUCCUGCUGGCAAUGCGACCCAGGCAGAUGCAUCUGCUUCUUCUGUACUUGUGCACAAGCUGAAGACUCAGCUGUCAUCCCUGCUCAACGGAAAGAGUCCCGAGGGAAGGUUUACCGCUAUCGUACUGAUCAAGGCCGUCGUCGAGGUUGGAGGAUGGGAAAUUCUGCAUGGAGUAGAGUCGUGGGUUCGAGGAUUGUUGUCGAUCCUAGGAAAGCCUGAUGCUUCUGCCGUGAAAGAGUUGUGUGUCAUGACUCUCACCAAAAUUUAUUCCAUGUCCCAACAGUAUCAGACUCUCAUCCGCGAGAUCACUACUCCCACGUUGCCAACCUUCGUAACGUCUUGUCUGAACUUACUAUCGACUUCGUCGAAGAAAUCCCCGGGAGGAUUAAUGUCGCUGGAGGAGGUUGUGUUUCAGUCGUUUGCCAUGCUAUUACCACGUCAUACUGCCAUUUUUCGUCCCUUUGCUUCGCAAAUUCGUCUUGCUGUUCGUCCUUUUCUCGCUCCAACCUCGUCAGAUGAUUUCUUCGCGUCGUCCUCGCUGAGGGAAAGUGCCCGGCGACUCGCUGUCAUCCUCCACCAAACCGCUGCCAAAAAUACCAGCGGCGAGGAAUGGGGUAAAGCCGUCCGUGGGCUCGUCAAAGACAUCCAUGUGACUGCUGAUCAUGUGUUUCGCGCUGUAGUCGAAGAUUGGGAGUCUGCCGCUGGAUACGUCGGAGAAGCUGCAGAUGUCAAUCAAGAGCUCCAUGGGGGCUCUGCGAGCGGUGACGACUUACCAUCGUGGAUGGGCAUUCAUGCUGGCGUGGACCGUUUGACUGGCAGACUCGAGUUAUUGGCAGAGUACCUCAAGGUCGAGACGGCUGCGCCUGUUGCUUUACCCUUAGGCGCAAUCAUGGACAUGAUCACCAGGAUGCUGUCCAUUGCGAUUCCGUCGUCUCAAUAUUCUGCUGGGAAGAGUGAGGCUCGUCUCCACCCUGCCAUUGACCGCGACGAACGAGAUGGGCUGUGGGCUGGCAUGCCGCAAGUAUAUGUCGCUGCGUUGCAAGUCGUCGAUACGCUCUCGGUCAGGCUGGAGCAUGGCUUUCUGCCUCUGGCGCAAGAAAGCUUUGACCAAUUGGCGUGGGUGUUCGAAUAUGGCAAGCACAGCCCAGAGUUUCGCUCAGUUGCCUACAUCGUGACUGCCAAGAUUUUGUUCUAUGUCGGACAAAGCUUCAACCAAGCUCAGUGCGACAAGCUCACUGGCGUUUAUCAGGCAUGCUGCCAAGAUCUACAAGAGGCUCAUCCGAACUUCGUUGAUAUUGCUGCAGUGGACGAUGCUGGAUCAAAGCCUCAGGGCAACCCAAACGCUGGUGCCUUCUUGCGUAGUAGGGUCACCGUCCCUACGGAGCACCACAUCGCCAACCCAGCCCUCAACGCCGCCGCACAGGACCUAUUACCAAUGUUCCUUUCUCAUCUACCCCAACAAUAUCUUAAGCUAGCCACACGAUCCUUAGUUGACCGAACUUCGAUCCUAACUCACAAUAAAGACGCCAUGUUAGCCAGCAUAUUGAACCCAAUAUUCGCAAACAAUGGCUCCGCUCUCCCCGGCAUUCUCCCUCAUCUGACGAGAGAAUUCUCUGAUGACGCGACAGUAGAAAUUCUACUACGCCCACGCAUGCCUCUUGUACCUUCCACAGCCACACGCUCUGUUGCCAAUGAGGUUGUUGAUGAGAAUCCUGAGGAUGAGGAUAUGGAUUACAGUGCUGAGUCUACUUCUCUUCAAACCCAGAAUACAUCAACAUCUGCUCCUGUUCGUCAAGACCCUUCCGCUGUCGCUUCGCAACCAGGAUUCGGUUCCUCUACCGACACACCUCAGCACACCCUCUUACAUCACUCAACCUUCGGAAUCGAUACAUCAUCGGAGGCCAUUCCAUCCAUGAAUGGCAAUUUCAUGGGCACUACAGCAUCGUCUGGUAUAUCACAAGCCCAACAAGAGCACCCAGAUGAGUCCAUGGACCAAGAUGAUGACUCCUCUGGCGACGAGAGUGUUCAUCUAACCAUGGAAUUAGAUACAGACUCUGACGAGGGUGGCGCUGACUGAAGACAUACCGGACCCUUGAUCGCCCUUUUUGGCUCGGAAGGAGAGAACAUUUUGACCUAGAUGAGGCUAUUCCUCGCUUUUCUCGCGUCUCGUCGUGCCUUCUGUUUCUGUUAAUGGUACGGCCAAGGGUAGUGCGGCUUAGCGAGCCUCAACACUGCCCUGUCACGAUAGUUCCUUUGACGCGGUCUCAUCGACGGACUGUUGAACCACGAUAGUUGCUCCAAUGAUGACCCUUUCCCAGCCAUCAGCUUCUGCGAAUAUUCUUUAUUUUUUCCCUUUGAACAAC